GUAGUGUGUAUAUAAGUAUAUAUUACUACUGUUUCUACUAUUAUUAUAAUUAUUAUGAUUACUACAUUAUAAAUACAGGACUUGUGAAAAUAGUGCAAUUUGUGUUACAAUCAUCUUUCACAACACAAUUUUUAAGAUAAACACAUUAUUAAAUAGGUUGUCGCCGCAUUAGAAAGGUCAAUGCAAAGAAUUAGGAGUUUGAAUGAGUUUUAAGAGGUUGAAACACAUAAACUGAAGAACAACAACGAACCGCAUGCUUCGUUCUAAGCUACGCCAAAGAACUAUUGACAUCGAUCGCCAUAGCAACACGUCGCGCGCUGCUAUAAACGGCUUCGUAUCAGUCGCAGACGACAUCACAGAGACUUCGUCUGCUUCAGCGUCCGCAACAUCAUCAUAUCGCGUGGAUAACUGAAUUCACCGCCCGGCUUCAAAAUGCGCGAAUGUAUUUCCGUCCACGUGGGUCAAGCCGGUGUGCAGAUGGGCAAUGCAUGCUGGGAGCUGUACUGCUUGGAGCACGGCAUCCAGCCGGACGGCCAGAUGCCCAGCGACAAGACUAUUGGAGGCGGUGACGACUCCUUUAACACCUUCUUCAGCGAGACCGGCGCCGGCAAGCACGUGCCUCGUGCGGUUUUCAUUGACCUCGAGCCGACCGUCGUCGAUGAAGUGCGUACCGGAACUUACCGGCAGCUGUUCCACCCCGAACAGCUGAUCACCGGCAAGGAAGACGCCGCCAACAACUAUGCAAGGGGUCACUACACCAUCGGCAAGGAGAUUGUGGACCUCGUGCUCGACCGGAUCCGAAAACUGGCCGACCAAUGCACCGGUCUCCAGGGAUUCCUGAUCUUUCACUCUUUUGGCGGAGGCACCGGGAGCGGCUUCACGUCGCUGCUCAUGGAGCGCCUGAGCGUCGAUUACGGCAAGAAGUCAAAAUUGGAGUUUUCGGUGUAUCCGGCGCCCCAGAUCUCGACCGCCGUCGUGGAGCCUUACAACUCUAUCCUUACCACCCACACCACCCUGGAGCACUCCGACUGCGCCUUCAUGGUCGACAACGAGGCCAUCUACGACAUCUGCCGCCGCAACCUGGACAUUGAACGUCCGACGUACACCAACCUGAACCGUCUGAUCGGCCAGAUCGUUUCCUCAAUCACCGCCUCACUCCGCUUCGACGGCGCCUUGAAUGUAGACUUGACUGAGUUCCAGACCAACUUGGUGCCGUACCCACGCAUCCACUUCCCCCUCGCUACUUAUGCGCCCGUCAUAUCAGCAGAAAAGGCGUACCACGAGCAGCUGACUGUGGCCGAGAUCACGAACGCCUGCUUCGAGCCGGCCAACCAGAUGGUGAAGUGCGACCCACGUCACGGAAAGUACAUGGCCUGCUGCAUGCUCUACAGAGGUGAUGUCGUCCCAAAGGACGUAAACGCCGCCAUCGCCACCAUCAAGACCAAGAGGACCAUCCAGUUCGUCGAUUGGUGCCCGACCGGCUUCAAAGUGGGCAUCAACUACCAGCCGCCCACCGUAGUUCCCGGCGGCGACCUGGCCAAGGUGCAGCGCGCCGUUUGCAUGCUGAGCAACACGACCGCCAUCGCCGAAGCCUGGGCCCGGCUUGACCACAAGUUUGACCUAAUGUACGCCAAGCGAGCGUUCGUCCACUGGUACGUCGGCGAGGGCAUGGAGGAAGGGGAGUUCUCGGAGGCUCGCGAGGACCUCGCGGCGCUCGAGAAGGACUACGAGGAGGUCGGCGUCGACUCGGCGGAGGGCGAGGACGGAGCGGAAGAGCAGGAGGACGAGGAGUACUAGAAUCAAUACGUCGUCUGCGACCACUGUGACCAAUAUUUGUAAUUCAGCUCAAUCACGCCUAUCUUCUGCUGUGCUAUUUGGCUUUUCUUCCGUCGACCUUGCUCACAUUCACUGUGCCUCUAGCCUAACGAACAGUUUUAAGUUCAAACUAUGGUAAAAAUUAAACGUCAUAUUACAAGAAAUCAGUGCCCAUAUGUAACAAGCAAACAAGCAGUAUUAUUGGACAAAUUGUAGAGACUUGUUGAUUUAAUGAGAAAAAGUUAGUUUGAGAUUUGGGACUUUCUUAUGUAUAAAUGGAGCAAGUGCGACAACUCGAGUUCUUAAAAUCAUACGCAUAGCUAAGUAUUUUACCAUUUGAUGGUUUUCAACGGGUUCCAACUGCUCAUGCUAUUGCAAUAUUUUACAACUGCAUUACAUAAAUGGACUUUUAAUAGUAAACAAGUUGUAUUGACCAUUUUUAUACUCUUAAACAUAUACACUCUAUAUAUGCAUACCGGUAAUUUGUAAUAAACGCUAUAAAAAGCAUCACGCUUAUAA